AUGGCGCGGGGGCGGGCUGAGCCAAUGGGAGGUGGCGUUGCUCCCCGUUGCCUAGAUAACAGCCAAUGGGCCGCGGGAAUUGUGGCCAGUGCGGCUGCACGGGAUGGCGGCGUCAAGUGGGGCAGGCGCUGCUGGAGGCGGCGGAGUGGAAGGUGGCAACGCGGAGCCGGGCCGAGCAAGGGUUCGGGCGGCUGGAGCCCCGCGUCGGGGCGUGACGGUCAUCCCGGAAGGCCGAGCCCAGGCCGCAGACAUGGUUUCGGUCAACUGAUGUUUGCAGAUGGUGGCACCUACUUGGGACAUUUUGAGAAUGGGCUCUUCAAUGGCUUCGGGGUACUAACCUUCUCAGAUGGCUCAAGGUAUGAGGGGGAGUUUGCCCAUGGCAAGUUUAAUGGCGUUGGAGUCUUCAUUCGACAUGACAACAUGACCUAUGAGGGGGAAUUUAAAAACGGCAGAGUAGAUGGUUUUGGCCUGCUGACUUUCCCUGAUGGUUCUCAUGGAAUACCCCGCAAUGAAGGCCUAUUUGAGAACAACAAGUUACUGCGGCGUGAGAAGUGUUCUGCGGUCGUCCAGCGGGCCCAGAGUGCCUCUAAGUCAGCCAGAAAUCUCACUGCCUGAUGGGGCACUGGGCACCAGCUGACAAGUGCUGGGUAAAGUUGAUGCCCCGGUUAUUCACUUGGGUGAACAAAUGAACCAGAUCUAAGAUGAGAUGAGAACCACUGUGGACCAGAGCCUUGUGAGGUGCCCCAUCACCUGCCAAUCAGGAAUCUUAUCACAGAAAAGUGCUGAGGCUUCUGGCCCACAGAGCGUGCAGCAGUUGUUAGCAGUUCUCUUUCCCUGGCCCUUGUGUGCUAGAGGGCAGAGAAGCCGCCUUUUCUGACUUGUUGGUGCUCUCUGUUCCUAAGAUCUUGGUUUACCCGGUGCAGACCUGCUACGGCUUUCUACUUUAUUUUCUGCCAAGUGAUAUAGAAUCUCUUCAUUCUGCCUACAUUUGGGACAGAUGAUCGCAGCCCCAAGUUACGGCCAGUGCUUUGUGCCACCUUGGAGAUAUAAGGAAAAAGGUAGGGGUGGCUUAGACAAUACAGUAGCCCUGUGAAAGUCAAGGCCAGAGCUCUUCUGUAUGUUACCGCCUCAUUCCCUGCUGGGUGGAAUCAUGGCUUCAGGCUUCCACUUUGAUCAGACUGGUAUUCAUCUCUGCUUAUCCCCCGUGAAGGAUUCAGUAAGAGUGCUAUUUCCUUCUCCCUUCCUUAACUGAGUUAUAGCAGAUAAUCCCCACUUGUGCCUCUCUCCUUCCUUAGACUUCAGACAGGAUCCUUUUCUGGGAUAGUCAAGAAAGAAACUGAUAUAAACAAUAAUCUUAUAACUUGUAUUCAUUUCUUACUCCAGGGCAAAGGGCAGACAUAUCCAGGCCACUUGAGGCCCUGGCAUGGAGUGAACUGAAUCCUUAGGGGUGGUUUGGACUGACACAGUUCUUUCUCGGUGGACCAGAUCAGACUCACCUCAACCCCUUGGGGUUUUGAUAGAAUUGUAUCUAUCCUAAGACUGCAGUGAACUAAAAGUCUCUGUGUUGGGUUCCCUCUAACUCUUCUACCGUGAGCCUUGGCCGUGAAGCCUGCAGUCAGAUCUUGACUGAUAGGAUCCCUGCACAGUUUCUCACGGAGGCCUCCAGGUACCCGGUGACCCAAACAUGCCCCCCGCAACCCUCUUUCCUCACACUGAAUGUCUCUUUAACAGCAGAUUGUGGUGGAAAUUAUAGCCGUGUGCCUCUAUUUAUUCUCUGAAUUGUACUGUAGAAACAAGUGUUUAUGAAGAAUAAACAAAUCACCAGAACUGCC